ACUGAUCUAAGCUGAGCAGAACUCUGCAGAAGAAAGCAACACAAGCAGGUUGCCACAAGUCAUGUUCCGUAGAAACCCAUAAAGAGUAGCUUCGACGUCGAAGAAACCUUCCUCCCUAAGAUCUCACGCAUGGCGAUCCUCAUAUCUUCCAUUGCUUCCAAAGCCUUGGCCCUCUACACUCCGGGGAUUUCUCGGCAUCGAAGGAGCACGGUUUCAUUCGCAUCGGCUCGUCGUCCGCGGAUCCUUGCCAUGAAGUUCUGGGGCGCCAACCAUAACCUGCCGAUCAGGAGAGCAACACAAAUCCCCGCAGCUGUUCCAGGCCCCGAAAAUUUGCCAAGAGUAAAUCUCCCUAUGUCCAACAUGCCUUCAUGGGUGACCUUGGUCGUCGGUGCCGUCCUUGUUGCAAUACCGAUUUACAGAAAGAUAAGAGCAUUGGAAGAUAAGGUGGAGAAGACGGCGGAGGUGGCAGUCGAGGUAAUCGACACGGUGGCCGAAGCUGCCGAGAAAGUCGCCGGCGAGGUGGCCGAAGCGUUCCCCGAAAAUGAAGGCCUCAAGGAGGCAGCAUCCAGGAUCAAGACCGUCGCCGAUGCGAUCGAGGAGGACGCCGAGAAAGCCGAGGCACUAAUCCAUAAGGUUGAUGAGAUAACGAAAGAGGUGGAUUCCGUGGUCGGUCCUAUCAUCGACGUGGUCAUGAAGGAGAGUGGAGAAAGAGGAGUCAUAGAUGAACCCAAGAGGAAAGAAAUGGACAACAUAUAAGAAACAUGUCUUACAGGCAAAUAAAUAUAACUAGUCGUCAACCGUGCAUUCGCAUGGGGUGUAUAUAACUAUAUAUAAAAUGUCGAUAAAUAACCAGUAACAGCUUGAGUUCAUCAUUAUCAUUUGGCCCU